CAUGCUAUAACUUCCGUACCAUGCGGAAGUUGCUAAUGCGCAUGUUCAAAAAGCUGUGGACCACUGGUGUUGGGGGAAAUUGAGCGAAACGCGUUAAAGAUAAUUCUCCUGAAUAUUUCUUUGUAUUCUGCUUUUGUGUCGGUGUUCUACAAAAAACAACCAUGGUGUGCAUUCCUUGCAUUGUAAUUCCUGUCUUACUGUGGGUAUACAAGAGGUUCCUGGAGCCUUUCAUUUACCCCUUCAUUUCGCCUAUUAUUAAUACAUUUUGGACCAAAAAAGCUGUACAAGAGACGGGCACAAGUGACAGUAACAUUGACACCCAGUCUAAUGGAUCUUGUAAGUUGGAAAACAAAGCAACCAUGGCCAAUGGAUCACUUUCACAAGCUGACAAGAAGACAGACUGAGAGAAUUGUAGUGAAUGUUAUGUAAAUAUGUUAGUUGUUGGAGAUAUUUUAGAAAUGUUUUUGAUUUAUUAUCAUGGUUACUUGGGCUCAUUAACAUUAAUUAACAAACUAAUUUAUUAAGAGUAUUUUCUAUGCAUGAUGCAUAAUGAUUAAAUAUAACACCUUAAUUACA